UAUUACAAAUUCAUGUCUAUGUUGAUGGGUUUAAUGUUAUUAUUUUGAGGGCAUUACAUACUUACUACCACUUCAUUAGACUUGACUUUCUUUCUUCUUCUUUUUUUGGGUAAAACAUUAGACUUGACUACCACUCAAAUGAACCUCACUAACUUCAUUAGAAUUGAUUUACCACUAAAAUAAACCUCACUAAUUACUACUUAAAUAAAUUCUACUUACUAUUUAAUUACUAUUGGUUUACCAUUUCAUUAAACCAUUCUUACUAGUUAAUGAGACUUCACUUAUUACUUUUUUAAACUUCAUUUCCUACCACUAAAAAAGACACCACUUACUAUUUCAUUACUUUUUAGCUUAUUAUUUCAUUAGACUAUACUUACUUAGUCAAUAAGACUCAACUUACCAUUUAGUCAAUGAGACUCCACCCCAUCUCCCCUCCCCCCUCAAUCAAAAAACAAAAGAGAGUCAAAAAGGCCAAAACCAAAGCCAAACAAAUGUCCACUCCAUCCUUUGAUGAGAAAGAUCCAGAAGACAGCAUCCCUAUCUCCAAGAUGGCUGCCACUGAGAAGAGACCAGCUUCAGAAUCAACCGAGAGGCCAAGCAACAAACGCCCAAAAUCGGUUGGACCUGGCAGAACGAGGGACAUCACCACUGACAACACCUGGUUUCCCAAGAUCCAAGUAGGUGAUCGACUACUGAAAGUUAGGAACAACACCUCCAAGGACCCCGAGGUCGUUCAUGCUCUCACCACGGGCUUACUACUCCCAACUGACAUGGAUACCAUUAGCGAGUGCAACGAGUAUGAGCACUUCGCCCUCAUGAUGCUUCACUCUGUUCUGGCCGAGAUGAUGAAGAAGGACUUGACCAAAAAGACCCAAGAGGCAACGGACUACAUUCACAAACUGAACCAGCCCGAGGCCCUGAGAUAGAAACAAAUAAACAAGAUCAAGGCUGCGAACACUGCUGAACAGAAAGCUGAGGCCGCAUCUAAGGCUGUAGAAGAGAGAGCUGCCCUCGCCGGGAAAAAGCUGGCCGAAGCCCUGGCCACCAAAGAACAAGAGCUCAAAGAAGCUGACGCCAAGGCCUACGAGGAAGGCAAGGCCGACGUGAAGGAUGGCUACAAAAGGCAGGUCAACAUUGCCUGCAAUAGAGGUUACUGCCUCGGAUGGACUGUUGCCCUCAUUGCCUUAUCUAUCCUCGAGGGCUCGCCGCACAAAGAUCUCACCAAGCUAAAACUGCCUUUCCCUUCUUCCCCAGUCCAAUCUGAGAAGAUAUCGAACUCAAAGGAAAGAGAGGAAAAAGAGGAACAAGUUGCUGCUAGAGCCAAGUCUACUACACUCGAUGAUCAAGUCCUCAGUCUCACUAGGGAUGAUGAGGAGGUCAGUAAGAGCACUUUCUCUGGAACAAAGCAGACCGAGAAGAUAGCGGCCGCCCUAAGCGUUGAGAAAACUCUGAAGGAGAUCAAUGAAGAGAUCACAGCCAAUUCUGAUCCAGACAAGACUGCAACACUGUCCACUUAUGUGAGAACCCAAUUAAAAAAAUAUAGAUAAAUAAAUAAAUAAUAAAAGUAAUAUUCACUUUGCUUGGUUCUCAUUUUUUAAAAACAGUUUUCAAAAAGUUCUAAACUUUUAUU